GAAGCGAAGCGAAGCAGCUAGCAAUGUCGGGGAUGGCGGCGCGCAUCGGCGAGUGGAAGCCGGUGAUGGCGAUGCUCAUCUUCGACCUCAUCUCCGCCGUGACGACGGCCCUGAUCAAGAAGGCGCUGCAGGAGGGGCUGGACCGCCUGGUGCUUAUCACGCUGCGGCAGCUCGUGGCCACCGUCUUCCUCGCGCCGAUCGCCUACUUCAGAGAGCGGAGCACGAGGCCUAAGCUGACACUGGAGAUCCUAGUCUACCUCUUCUUCAGCGCAGCGUUUGGCGCCGCUCUCUCCCAGUACACCUUCUUCUACGGGCUGCAGUACACCACCGCGACGUUCGCCAUAACUUUCACCAACGUGGCUCCUGUGCUCACUUUCCUCAUUGCAGUCUUGCUAAGGGUGGAGUCACUGAGCAUGAAGAACAAGGCAGGAGCAGCGAAGAUCGCCGGGACGCUGACGUCGUUCGCCGGCGUCAUGCUCCUCACCCUCUACAAGGGCGUCUCACUGACGCACCACCAAGCUGGAGAAGCGAGCCCGGAGGAUCACAGCCUCGGAGCAGCAGCAGCAUCGCCGUCUGACAGGAAGAGCUGGACGCUGGGCACCCUGGCAUUGCUCGCCAACUGCCUGUGCUUCUCCUUCUGGCUCCUGCUGCAGUCCAGGCUGACCAAGAAGUACCCGGCGCUCUACUCCAGCACGGCCUACAUGUUCCUCAUCAGCUCGAUGCAGGGAGGGGCCCUCACGGCGGCCAUUCAGAGGCGAGCGUCGGUGUGGCUUCUCACAAGGCCGAUAGAGAUCGUCACGGUCUUAUAUACAGGAAUCAUGGGGUCCGGAGUGGGCUACGUGCUGAUGACGUGGUGCGUGGAGAAGCGAGGGCCGGUGUUCACGUCAGCCUUCAUCCCUGUCAUCCAGAUCAUGGUCGCCAUGGUCGACUUCUUCUUUCUCCAUGAGAAUCUCUAUCUCGGGAGUGUUCUGGGAUCCAUACUCUUGAUCCUGGGCCUCUAUAUUCUGCUGUGGGGAAAGAAGAGGGAUGCCUCAUCAUCAGCGGCUGCCAAGGAAGAGGAAGAUGGAGAGAAAGAAGAUGAGGAGGAGGAGGACAAAGAGAAGCAAGUCAGAUCAUGAGGACCAGACCACUCUCAUAUAUAUAUGGAUUAGGACCAAAUUAAAGAUACAGUUCUUCGGAAUGUGUGA